AUGCGUAUUGUGGAUGACGAUCAGCCGAAUAAGAACUGCACAGCAGAGAAUCUACCACUGUGUUAUUUCUACCCAUCUGUGAUGAUUGUGGAAUUCUUCCUGGCUCUACCGCUCAACCUCUCAGUGCUUUCUUUUAUAUUCAAAAUGAAGUUCUGGAAAUCUAACAGCAACAACAAAGGGGAGUGGCGGAGUACAGAGGGUGGAACUUGCAAAGCCAUGUGGUUCAUGCUGUUUCUGAACUGAGGUGCCAGUAUCGCCUUCCUGACUGGGAUUUCAGUUGAUCCUUACUUUAAUGUCGUUCAUCCUGGGAAAAAUAACUUCCUUAAGGUCUUUAAAAAGUCUCCUCAUAUCUCUGUCAUCGUCUGGCUACUGCUGCUCCCCCUGAAUAUCCCAACCAUGCUGAAGACCUUUGAGUGCUUUAACAGUUAUGGGCGUAAAAUGACAUCGGUCGAGGACGUUACUGACAAUUUGAGAGAGGUUGUGUUUUUCGCCCAGAUUCUCCUCCCUUUCUUUGUGUUGGUCUACUGCACGGUCCACAAUGUCAACACACUCAAAAAGACAGGGGAUAGGACCAAGCUGUGUCGAGCAGUGUUUCUGGUCACCUCAGUUGUCUUGGUCUUCUCUUUCUAUUUCCUGCCUUGUACCAUAGCUACAAUGGUUCUGUUGAUUGUAAGAGUUGAGAAUUUACCCAGAGCAGAAGAUAUAGCCGUCUCUGACGGUCUCAUGGUUUUAUCCUACAUGGAUUGUCUAGUGGGCCCAAUUGUGAACUGCUUAAGCAGCACUAAGUUCAAAAGCCUCGACCUGACAACUUAUUGCCCCUGUCUAAAAAUAGGUGAAAGCACAAACUCGGCAGGAAACAACUCAAAUCCAAAACGCAGCAACAACGUAACGCAGCAUAGUAGGUUAAAUACUUAUAAAAUAUAA